AUGGCUAGGUACAGACCCAUAGCUCCAAAACCGGAGGUUACGGCGAACGCAGCGGACGUGUCGGAGAACACAUCAAUGCCACAGAACAUCCGGCAAUCCGCUUACCUUAGAACCGUGUGGCCCGAUUUGCAGUCAAGGCCAACAAGAACCAGAAAGAGAGGGAGGACUGCAAUUGCACCACCUACUGUCAAGAGACAAAGGACUUGUCUUCAAGGACUCUAUCCUAUUCCUCCUCCUCAGGUAAACACUUCACCUGCCGGAAACCUCUCGUUCAAUGCUUUAGGUCAUGGCCCAAAAGGGUUUCCUCAGCUUAUACCUGUCCCAAUCUCAAAUAUCACCGCCCUCAACGGCGGCGUUGCAGUGGGAAAUUCAUGCACGUUGCCAGCGAACUUAGUCACACUACCUCUCCUCCCAAUUCCUUCAUCCCUUACCAUCGAUCCCCAACAAGCACCACCACCAGAAACCAUAGGUGUUCGAGUUUGUGGAGGCAACAAAGAUAUAGACUUGAACACGGAAGCCGAAGAUCCAGAAGAACAGGAUUUCCUGCAGCAACUGCAAGGACCCACCAGCCCCAAUAUCAUUGCCCCACAGCCGGUUCGACCGGUGGGCUCCAACAUAUGUGUUGGGUGCAUCAGUGACGACAGUGGUCGAACAACUUCUGUGCAACUUCUCAAGAAACCAGAGGAGGUGGAGGAAGAGGUCGAGUCUGAGGCCUUGCCGGCUAUUGUAUCAGAUUCAAACAACAAAGUCAGACUGGCGAAUUCCGCUUAUAAGGAAAUGGUGGGUCAGCCGGAAUGUUCAUGGCUUGACACCGCCGGUGACGGAGGCGGUGCAUGCAAGAGGAUUGGUGGGGAGGUGAUGCUCAAGUUUUUGGAUGAAACUGUGCCAGUUUCAUCAAAUGGGUUUUCGUGCUGGGUGAGGAUUGAGUGGGGAAGCAGUGGCAAGAAAGACCCAAUAAGCAAUGGAGAGAAGAACACAAUCAAUGCUUUUUGCGACGCUAUAAGGUUAGACUGUGAGUCCAAGGAUUACCUAUUUGCAUGGAAGUUCCACACAAGAGCUUCUUCUGAAUCUGCUUCCAACUUUUGA